AUUUCAGAUACAUCAAGUGUUUCCUGUCAAAUAAUAAAACGUUCUCGCGUCGUCUCAUCUUUUGAUUCAGAAAUCCCGUACACGUACAGAUUUAAAUUACAAAACUGCACGCGUGAAUUACACACAUCUGCUAGCUUAAGAAAUAAACUCGUGUGUAUGACGUACUUGGGGGUUCCCAGAAAUUGUGCGGUUCUUCCUCCUCAGCAACUGGAUAUAAAAGACCAUCGCCCUUGAGGAUUUUUAAUACUUGCUGGUGCAACGUACGCGUACGUAUGUGUCUAACUGGUUUCACAUAGGAAACCAGCUCUCGUGUUAAGCUCGAAUACGUAGCAGUACGAGCUAUCCUCUUGUCAUGAAACAUCUAUUCCUUCUGAGCGUCGUUUUUGCGUUCGCCAGCGGCGAUCCCGCUGGUGAACAAUGCGAGGUGACCGCACCGAUCGGGCGAAUUCGUGGUUCCAUCAUGACCUCCAGACUUGGCAAAAGGAUCUAUUCCUUCCGCGGUGUGAGAUACGCCGAGCCACCGACCGGGCAGCUACGUUUUCAGGUGGCUGUUCCAGCGGCGGAUUGGAAUGAUGUCUUUGAUGCGACCAAGGAAGGACCUGCCUGUCCGGCAAUACACGUGGAGAAUAUAAUGGAGGAUUGUCUUCGUGUAAAUGUCUACACGACGAAAUUACCUUCGGCGAACGAUCCCGUGAAGAGACCGGUGUUGGUAUUUUUCCAUCCUGGUGCUUUUUAUAUAUUCUCAGGCCAAAGCUCCUAUUUUGGACCCGAAUACUUGCUGGACAAAGAUAUUGUUCUCGUUACCGUUAAUAAUCGCCUCGCGACUCUAGGUUUUCUAAGCACCGGUGACUCGAAGGCACCAGGUAAUUUGGGCUUGAAAGAUCAAGUCGUGGCGCUUCGAUGGAUUCAGAGAAAUAUAGCCGCCUUCGGCGGCAAUCCUGACAGCGUUACAAUAUCUGGCUACAGCAUCGGUGGAUUUAGCGUACUGCUACAUAUGGUUUCACCAAUGUCCAAGGGAUUAUUCCAUCGCGCAAUCAUGAUGAGCGGCUCGAUGACAUCAGAACCGUAUCCGACCGAACAAUUGCACUUGGCGAAGAAGCAAGCAGAGCUAUUAAACUGUCCGUCCGACACCACGGACGCUAUGCUGGUUUGCUUGAGUUCUAAACCGGUGGAGAACUUCACAGAUACUAUACCCAAAUUCUUUGAAUGGUAUGGUAAUCCGAUAUUGUUGUGGACACCCGUAGUAGAACCCGAGGUUCAUGGUGUGGAGAGAUUCUUGCCGGAACAGCCCGUUGAUCUAAUUAGAAAAGGAAAAUUCCAUAAGGUUCCGCUGAUCGCGGGGGUCACCAAGGACGAGUUCGGCGGCGUGGUCGUUGCCGUUGAAAACCAACGUAAACUUGGAAACAAUUCGAUCUUGGACGAUUUAAAUAAUGACUGGUACAAAGUCGCGCCAAUCGCAUUCUUAUACGAACGGGAUACACCCCGUUCCAGAUAUAUAAGCACCGAACUACGUCAAUUUUAUUUUGGCAAUCAAUCGAUCGGCCCGGAUACGUAUGAUAAUCUCGCACAUAUUAAAGCUGAUAGUCUAAUUACAUUUCCAUUGCAUCGCGCUGUAAAAUUGUUUGCAGAAAACACUGAUCAAUCAAUCUACUUUUACGUAUCUUCUUAUCAAGGACGAUACAGUUUCGUCAUGUGGAACAAAACUACACCGUACGGAGUGGUGCACCAUGACGAUUUGCAAUAUCUAUUCUUUAUGAAGAACAACUUUCCCUUCUUUGAAAAUAAUGCUUCGGAAAUACCUAUGGUAGAACUUAUGACAAGUAUGUGGUCAAACUUUGUUGAAACUGGACAGCCAGUACCGUCGACUUUGGCGAACAAUGUCACGUGGGACCCAUACUUAUUAAAAACCGACAACUACUUAGAGAUUUCCGAGAUACCGAAGAUGAAGACAGGACUUUAUCCCGAAAGAAUGCAAAAGUGGGAGAGUCUAUUUCCUUUGAAUUCAAAAUAGUAUCGGUUUAAUAUGUAAAACCGUAAGCUAUAAAACAUAUGUUGAUCAUGCCAGAUGAUUUAACAAAGAUGCACGUAUCGAAUCUAUUACUCAAGCAAAUGCAAACAAUUAUACAUGUAUAUCAUGUUUAUAAAAAAAUGUCUUUUUUCUAAUAAAAAAAUGUUUCUUUGA